CCUCGCCCUGAGGCACUUUAGCAACCAGCCUUUGCCUGCAAGCCUCUGAAGCAUGUCUUUGCCUCAGAUGGAGCUGGAAGAAGCCACUGGGAAAGGAAACAUGGGCACCAAGAAAAAGAACCUGAACUUCUUAAGGUCCCGGCUCUACAUGCUGGAGAGAAGGAAGACUGACACUGUGGUUGAGAGCAGUGUUUCUGGGGACCACGCUGGUACCCUGAGGAGGAGCCAGUCUGACAGGACCGAAUACAACCAGAAACUACAAGAAAAGAUGAGUCCACAGGCCGGGCGUGCGGCGGAGACCCUGACUCAGGAGGAGGAAGAGGAGCAUCAGAAGCAGAGGAUGAUGGUGAGGCGUUCCAAAAUCAUCGAGGAGCUGGUACAGACGGAAAGGGACUAUCUCAAGGACCUAGAGCUGUGCAUUAAGGAAGUGGUUCAGCCCUUGAGAAAUAAACAGAUUGAUCGGCUGGACGUGGAUAGCUUGUUUAGCAAUAUUGAAUCCGUGCAUCAGAUAUCAGCCAAGCUGCUGUCAUUGUUGGAAGAGGCCACAGCAGACGUGGAACCGGCCAUGCAAGUCAUCGGAGAAGUGUUCUUGCAGAUGAAAGGGCCGCUGGAAGAUAUUUAUAAAAUCUACUGCUAUCACCACGACAAAGCGCACAGUGUCCUCGAGGCCUAUGAAAAGGAGGAGGAGCUGAAGCAACAAUUGAGCCUCUGCGUCCAGUCCUUACAGAACAUAUACAGUCAAGAAGGCAAACCGAACCUAACUAACAUGAGCUCCUUGUUGAUCAAACCAAUCCAGCGUGUGACGAAAUACCCCCUAUUACUGUGCGAACUUCGCAAUUCUACCCCUCCCUCUCACCCAGACUUCAGGGCCCUGGAGGACGCCUGUGCUGCUGUGAAAGACAUCAAUGUAAACAUCAAUGAACUGAAAAGACGGAAAGAUUUAGUUCUAAAAUACAAGAAGAAUGAUGAAGAUGAAUCACUUAAAGAUAAAUUGUCAAAACUAAAUAUUCACUCAAUUAGCAAGAAAUCAAAGAGAGUGACAAAUUAUCUCAAGAUUCUGACCAGAGGAGAAUCACAGGUGAAAGACAACACCUUUAAUAGAGAAGAGAAGCUAUUUAGAUCUUUAGAAAAGACCGUGAGGCACUGUGUGAAGAACAUUUCAUUCUGUCUUCAACACAUACAGGAUGCCAUGCACUUUGCCCUGCAGAGCAUGCUGGAGCUCCAGGAGAUUUCAUGCACCAAAGAUGAGGAAGAGGGGGCGCAUCCAGAGGCCCCAAGGAAUGGCCAAUACCCCUGUGAUGACUUUGCAGCUCACUUACAGAAGCUCGUCCUGACGCCCCUGUCAGCCCUGCUGUCCCUGUUCCCAGGGCCUCAGAAACUCAUCCAGAAACGCUAUGAUAAGCUGCUGGACUACAACAGCUACCUGCAGCGGGCAGCAGGGGAGGAGUCAGACUUGGCCAAAAAGGAGUACGAGGCCCUCAACGCCCAGCUUGUGGAGGAGCUCCAGGUGUUCAACCAGGCCGCACGCAAGAUUCUGUUGAACUGUCUGUGCAGUUUCAUCACCCUCCUCCGGGACCUGACGCUGAUGAGGCAGCAGCUGUAUUCCACAGUGGUGCCGGUACCAUUGUUGGUUUCAAACAUCUCUGAAAUGCAGAACAGAGUACUAGAAGAGGUUCAAAAUCUGAAUUUCAUAAAGGACAACAGUGCCACCUUUAUUGAGAGAAAACUUAGUUUUGAAAAGAAGAAGCCUGUGCAAAUUCCGCCAGAGGUGCCACGUCAAACUGACACUCACCGCUCCAGGCUUCUGUCCACAUACACUACAGAGGAACUCUACCAAGCGAAGCGCAAAUGCAAUGCUACACAAGAACAUGACAUCAAUCUUCUGGAAGGGGAGUUGGUGGCUGUGAUGGAGCAGAAAGAUCCAUUGGGGAGUACGAGCAGGUGGCUUGUUGACACAGGAAUUAUUAAAGGAUAUGUGUACUCUUCCUUCCUAAAACCCUACAAUCCGGCCAAAGCGCAGAAGGUGGGCGCUGAGAACAGGUCCUGUGAUGAUGACUUUGAUAACAUCAGCCUCUUUGUGUCUUCGAGGCCAACUAGGGACAGUGUCACAAGCACCCCAGAAGGUAGCAUAAGUGACAGCAGCUCCUCUCUGAGUGGCACAUGUGGAAAGUUUGAAACAAACGGCACUGAUGUUGACAGCUUUCAAGAGGUAGACGAGCAGAUUUUCUAUGCAGUUCAUGCCUUUGAAGCACGGAGUAAUUGUGAACUCAGCCUUCAGGAAUACCAAAGAGUUCAUAUACUUAGAUUUUGUGAUCUAAGUGGCAAUAAAGAGUGGUGGUUAGCUGAAGCUCGAGGGCAGAAAGGAUAUGUGCCAGCUAACUACCUUGGAAAGAUGACUUAUGCUUAAGAAAAUCAGACUUCUGGCUUACUUAAAAGUGAAGAUAUUCUGAAUGUGUUCUUUACCAUCAUGAAAGGUUGACUCUAAGGACAAAGUUUUUUUCAACUUACUGUACUUUAUUUUUCUGUAUUAUGUAUUUCACCUCAAAAAUGUUGUUUUUCACGUCUCUUUGUUGCACAUCCUUACACACACAUAUCCUAUAUAAUAAAAGCCUAAUAUGCAAAUUGUC